AUGUCCAGCGCACAAGGAGAUUCCACCGACCACAACAUUGAAAUGUGGAAGAUGAAGAAGCUCAUCAAGAGCUUGGAAGCUGCUCGAGGAAACGGCACUUCUAUGAUUUCUCUUAUUAUCCCCCCCAAAGAUCAAAUCUCUCGAGUUGGCAAAAUGCUUGCUGAUGAAUACGGCACUGCUUCUAAUAUCAAAUCUCGUGUGAAUCGUCUUUCGGUCUUGUCAGCUAUUACAUCCACUCAACAAAGAUUGAAGUUGUACAACAAAGUGCCACCCAAUGGUCUUGUCGUAUACUGUGGUACCAUUGUCACAGAUGAAGGAAAGGAAAAGAAGGUCAACAUUGAUUUCGAACCACACAAGCCUAUCAACACGUCAUUGUACCUUUGCGAUAACAAGUUCCACACUGAAGCACUCUCCGAGCUUUUGGAAGACGAUGCCAAGUUUGGUUUUAUUGUCAUGGAUGGUAACGGCACACUCUUCGGUACUCUUUCAGGCAACACUCGUGAUGUCAUCCACAAGAUGCAAGUUGAUUUGCCAAAGAAGCACGGUCGUGGUGGUCAGUCUGCUUUGCGUUUUGCUCGUUUGCGUGAAGAAAAGCGUCACAACUACGUUCGCAAGAUUGCCGAAUUGGCUGUCAGUUUCUUCAUCACCAAUGAUAAGGUCAACGUAGCUGGUCUUGUGUUGGCCGGUUCCGCCGAUUUCAAGAAUGAACUCUCACAGUCCGAUAUGUUCGAUCAGCGUCUUCAAGCCAAGAUUGUCAAGGUGGUUGAUGUGUCAUACGGUGGUGAAAAUGGUUUCAACCAAGCCAUUGAAUUGUCAGCUGAAUCCCUUUCCAAUGUCAAGUUUAUCCAAGAAAAGAAGUUGAUCCAAACUUACUUUGAUGAAAUCUCCCAAGACAGCGGCAAGUACUGCUUCGGUGUCGAUGAUACUCUUAAGGCCCUUGAACUUGGUGCUGUCGAAUAUUUGAUUGUGUACGAAGGUCUUGAUCUCAACCGCUAUGUGCUUCGUAACGCUGCUGGUUCCGAAAUCGUCUAUCACCCUACCAAGCAAGAAGAGAAGGAUCGUGCAUUCAUGAAGGAUACUUGUGAGGAAGCUGCUCCUAACCAGGAAAUGGAUGUUGUCGAAGUCAAGCCUCUCUUGGAAUGGUUCGCCGAAUCCUACAAGGACUUUGGUACCAGCCUUGAAUUUGUCACCAACCGCUCCCAAGAAGGUGCUCAAUUCGUCAAGGGCUUUGGUGGUAUUGGUGGUAUUCUCAGAUAUCGUGUCAACUUUGAGCAGCUCAACUACGACUCUGAUGAAUUCCUUUCCGAUGAUGAAUACAUCUAA